AUGGUGUAAAUCACUGUGUAUAUGCACCAAGUAACCAGCGAGUCUGAAGCGGCAAAGGAGUGUACCACGCGUCAAUUCAAACUUUCGCGGGGUUUUUCAUGUUGUGAGCAAGGUUGGCGCGCGCGCGCUCGCAGACUUAAUCAACCAAUCACCGCUUCCGGUUGGCGCGCUCCCGCUCAGACCCAGCCAGCCAAUCACCUUCGGUUACCACGAGCCUGUUAUCAGGUUCGCGUUGCCAUGGAAAUAAUCAGCAUGCUGUCAACAAACAUAAUCAGCAUUCACAUGCCUUCCCUUGAAACUGUGUUUCCCAUGAUUUUUCGAGUAGCAGCGAUUGAUGGAUGGAGAUGAGAGAUUUUCGCCAAGUGUUUCUGCUCUUGCCCAUUCUUCUCAGUAAGUCUCACCAAGCAGGGAGGAUGUGUGGCCCCUCGGUUUUCUAUAGAUUUACCAGGUGCACGGGAAUAUGGUUGGAGGCUAGUAGCAAUCGGCAUUGCUUAACAGUGGACAACUGAGGACUUCAUAUUUUUCUGGCUCUGAUCAUCUCCCCACGUGAGGCUUCUUUAAACUAGGCAGCGGAGAUUCUAAUUUGAGAGACGCAAAUGAAAAAAUGCCAUUUUCGAAGGAUGUUGAGGCUGACUAUGAAGAAAGGUACCACCAUGCAAAUGAAGAAAAUCUCCUGCUGAAAAAAACAAUAAAUCAGCAGUUAAAAUUAAUCAAAAAAUUAAAUGCGUCUCUGCAGUGGUAUGGAAGAAAGGACUCAAAGGACGAUGAAAGGUCGCCCUCUCAAGAUCCCGGCAGAGAGUGCCGUUUGCGAGAGUUAGAAACUUCCAAUAAAAUCUUAUCAAAUAAGGUCAAAGUGCUGAAACAGCAGCUGAUAUCACUCUCUUCAUUUCAAGCAACACCAAAGCCCCCCACUUCACGAGGUGUGUCGCCAUCCAAGGAAUCCGUUCACUCUUUGCCCUCCAAAAGGCCGAAAUCAUCCACUGCGCCAUCUGAUCAACGGAAUCAAGCGGAGUCAAUGAUGAGCACAGCCUUGGAGGAAAAAAUGAAUGGACAACCUCUUUUCACAAUUGACGAAGACUUGGAAGGCCUCAGAGGUGGAAGUCAGUUGACAGUAUUUGAUGGUGAUCCUGGAAUGCGCUCAGAUUCGGCAGAAAGUGUCUGUGAUAUUUCUAGUAAACUUCUAGUCAAUGUUGAAGUCAUUCGAAUGAAGAGAAUGAUGAAAUGGCAAAAUGCUCAGCUGACAACUUUAUUAACCUGUGUUGACAAUUUGAAUCAAGAAAGUCAAUCGAUGAAGGAAACCAUGAACAGACUAUCCGAGGAAAAUAAUGAACUGAAGAGUUCGCUCUCGUUUGAAAAGAAAAGAUAUCAAAUGCUGCAACAAAAUAGCACGAACAAAGAGCAGGUGAAAGUGCUUGAGGAGCAAAUUCGGGAUCUGCAAGGUGAGAGAAACACUCUUCGAGAUCACAAUAAAAAAUUGUUGAGUUUAGCGGCAGAUCAUGAAUCUCAUAAAACUGAGCAUAUCAGAGCGGUAAUAAAGCAGACCAGGGAUGCUGAAUGUCAGAUGUCUUGUGAUUCUUUCCCAGUGAAAGAAUCAACAACGAUUAAGUUCAGUGCACCAUCCCAGAGAAAAAAUCAGCGCAAGCACAAGUAUGAUGCACUAUCUCACGAGGAGGUAUCAGUAAGCUCAAAACAUAGCAAACAAGAUAUUUCCUCAGACUUCUCCAAUGCUCUUGAUCUCUCCUCGUCCAGUUCUGCCAUUCUUGAUACGGAUGAAGGUCUCUCAGACCAUAGGCUUGGUGAACCCAUGGACACGGACCAAGUUGAAAGUGUUUCAUUCGGUGAUGCAAGUUAUUCAAAAAUUCCGAAAGAAAAAUCAUCUGGCACUAUCUGUAAUAAAAAUAGCACAAAAAGGAAGAAAAGUAAAAUGGAAGUAGAUAAAAAUGGACAAGAACUUCAACCAAAUGCAGCUGAUUGUAUUCCCUCAUCUGCUGGAAACGAUAAUGAAAAACUAGCUUCAAAGACUGAAUCCAAAGAUCUUCCCAACUUAGGAAAUGGCAAUGAAGAACUUUUACGUGCGGAACUUGCGGAGAAAUUGUGUGAACUUGAGAGGUGUCGGCAGAUGCUGAAGAUUCAGUGUAAUCUCAAUUCAAUUUAUAAAGACGAGGUUGAAAAACUCUCAUCACAGCUGAUCAAGGAGAGAGAAGAGACUCACAUUGAUGGUUCCGUCAGCGCAGUGGAAGUUAUGCUAAAAGAGCAUUUGGCCAAAAUAGAACAAUUUCAAGUUACCAAAACGCUUCGGUCUCAUGAACAGCAAACUGACUCCCAAGAUUUUCCUGACAAAUCACGAGCAGCGGAGAAUAAAAAGGAAGUAACGGUUGUUGUAGGAGUCAAAGAUGGCAAUACUAGUUUAAUAGAAGAAGAUGAAGUCGUCCAAAAAAGUAAUGAUGCUAAAAUUAUGGAAAAUCCUACAUUUAAUGCCACUGCAACAUCAGUGGGAAUCUCAAAGCAAUUGGAGUCAACAAAUCAUGUUGUCUCUGAUAGUAAAAGUGAAGAAAAUCCGUCCCUCAUUGCGCAAAAUGACGUCUGUCAGUUUGAGCUCUACGUUCAUGAGUUGGUUCUAUCCAGUCACACUUUGACUCCAAAAACGCAGCUAUUUUUGACGUGGGGUUUUUUAGAUCAAGAAGAAUAUGCUUAUUCGCCAGUGAAGCCUGUCAGUGAUCUUAAUUUCUCAUGUUCCUGUAUUUACAAAGGGCAUUGCAGCGAGGAAUUUCUGAAGUAUCUAAUCUCCCAUGGUGUUGUCAUUGAAGUGUACCAAGUUCUAGGAGAAGGAUGUUUCAAGAUUGCCGAAGCUAUGGUCGACACUAGUGCUGCUGUUAAAUUUCCAUCAAAGACUCAUUCCUCCAAAAUCCCGCUUGUCAGUCAAAUAAUUGUCGGUGCUCUACAUAGUUCUAUUAAACUUGUGUGCUCUUGUGAAUUGCGGCAGCAAUUCUUAUUGCAGAGUCAAACAAAGGAAGAAUUGAAAGGACCCGGUGUGGAAGCUGGACAGUGAAACAGUGCAAUAUAGUUUAAUCGUUCAAGUCAGUACCCUUUAAAUUAACUAAGGUACCGAUUCUUGUAAGUAGAAUGUAAGUUCUUAGACUGGUAAAUAUUGAAAAUAAAAAACAAAAAAGAAAAGA